CUCAUCACUCCUCAGUUCUGGCAUAAAUAAUGGCGUUCCUGAAGAACAGAUACUGGAUUCUGAGGCACGGCAAAAGCAUUCCUAAUCAAUGCGGUCUUAUUGUCUCCUCUCUGGAAAAUGGGAUUCUCGAAGAAUAUCAACUCGCUUCUGAUGGGGUUCAUCAGGCUCGUCUCGCCGGACAAUCUUUCCUUAAGGACCUGAAAGAAAAUGAAAUUGAUAUUAAAAAUGUCCGAAUCUGCUAUUCACCAUUCUCAAGGACCACGCACACAGCAAAAGUUGUUGCUUCUGUUUUAGAUAUUCCAUUUGAAGGCCCACAAUGCAAGGCUAUUGAGGACAUUCGAGAGAGAUUCUUUGGUCCCUCAUUUGAGCUCAAGUCUCAUGAUAAAUACCACGAGAUAUGGUCCUUGGAUGAGAAAGAUCCCUUCAUGCAGCCCAGCGGUGGAGAAAGUGUUGCAGAUGUUGUCACCAGGCUCACAAGGGCUUUGACAGUGAUGGAGUCUGAAUUUGAAGGAUGCACACUGUUGGUUGUCAGCCAUGGAGAUCCGCUGCAGAUUUUGCAGACAGUCCUGAAUGCAGCAAAGGAACAGGGACAACAAACAGACGAAAAUGGCUUGAUCUCAAGAAUGGAGGCAGUCAAAGUCCCCGAUGUUCUCUCACAGCACAGGAAGUUUGCUCUUAAUACUGGAGAACUUCGUCAAUUAGUAUAGACUAGAGUCGUCUAAGUUGUUACUGUCCAUGAUAGCUUCUUUAGGUUGAGAUCCUUGAUCUUCAACUAGUCCAUUUGUUGCUUCUAUCUGCUUAGGCAUGCAACUAUAUGCAGCUUGAAUGAAUAAGAUUUCAGGGCAAACAGAGCCUUCCAAUUUCUUUGUUUCGUGCCACCUUACUAUGGUACAUCUAUUAGGAGUUGUAGUCAGCUGAUUAACACUACAAUUUGAGAAUAAAGCAUAUUUAUACAUGGUAAUGCAGUUUGUUUAUUAGUU